UACGUUCGCUGCUUCUGCAGCCGCGCGCAUAAGCUGCCAUCUGCGCGUUCUUCGUCUUCUUCAAGUCUUAUCCCUUUCAGUCGUCCUUCUCUCCUUUCUUCCCUUUGAUCUCUGCAGCACGCUAUGUGAGCGGCGCAUCGGAGCAGAGGCAGCAGGCUAACAGUGGGGAGGGGCAUCGAUUGAUGACAACAAGGCCACAGCCGGGAGUCGAUCGCCGGAAGAGGAGCCCUAGAAGAAGAAUAGGCGCAGGAGCCGGAGGCGGCGGAGCAUGUCUUCUCUGGUGCUCCCCGGCCUGGGGCUGACCGACCACCUCGUCCCCUGUUCCCUACACCGCCAAGAUCAGGCGCCGGCGGCGAGGAAGAGGCCCAACUCCAUCUUCUCGGAAGAGGACUCCGACACCUCCAUCGGCGUCGAAUCGGAGGAGGAGGAGGAGGAGGAAAUGGAGAGCAAGGAAAGCGAUGGGGCUUUCUGCUCCUUGGAUGCCCUAGAAAACUCCCUUCCCAUAAAGAGGGGCUUGUCGAAUUUCUACUCCGGGAAGGCCCGAUGCUUCACUAACCUAGCGGAUGCGGCCAAUGCGAGCGUAGCCGACCUCGCGAAGCGGGAGAACCCCUUCAACAAGCGGCGGAGACUUCUCCUGCAGGGGAGAACAACUUCCUUCAGCUCGCUCAUCGGCUCGCCUACUUCUCCGCCGCCGGUCCUCUCGCCGGACGACGCUCCCGUAGAAGUGGAGGAGGAGGAAGCCUCCUGAUCAUCAUUAAUCAACAGGACCAAUUGAUGUCGAUUUGGUCUUUUUCUUCUUUCUUUCUUUUUUUUUUUCAGAAUAAAAAUUUAAGAAAAAAAAUUUGCGAGGGUGGAUAAGGAUCAGCAGAAGUGGGGAUCUUAUCAUGUUCUACUUCCAAACCUGUUCGGAAGGAUAGAGAACGAAUUCUUAUCUGCUCCUCCUAAA